CUGUUGAACACACAAACAAAUUUUAAGCUUUCUCUCCUAAUCUUUAAUAUAUCUUAGCUUUUUUAGCUUCAAAAAUGGCUUCUUUUGUUUCCAAAGUAAUCUGUUUGAUCUUUCUAUUUCAAAUCUCCUUGGCUGCAAGAACUCUUAAUGAGCUUGCACAAGAUCAAGUUUCUCAACUCUUUCAAUACCACAAUGGCCCUCUUCUUUCUGGAAAAAUUUCCAUUAAUCUUAUUUGGUAUGGCAAGUUCAAGCCUUACCAGAGAUCUAUCAUCUCUGAUUUCAUCACCUCACUCUCUUCUUCACCAGUAAGCACCAAUCAGCCCUCAGUUGCCACGUGGUGGAAAACCACUGAGAAAUACUACCACUUAAGCUCCAAAAAGAACAGUCUUUCACUGUCUCUCGGAGAACAAAUUGUUGAUGAAAAGUAUUCCCUUGGAAAAUCACUCUCAAGCAAGCAAAUCGUUGCUUUGGCCUCAAAGGGUGAGCAAAAAGAUGCCAUAAACGUUGUGUUGACAUCUGCCGAUGUAACCGUUGAUGGGUUUUGUAUGAGCCGAUGUGGGUCUCAUGGAUCUGCUCCGGGAUCAAAGAGUGGCCAAGUUAAGGGGAAGAACUACAAGUUUGCCCACAUCUGGGUUGGCAACUCGGAGACUCAGUGCCCGGGCCAAUGUGCAUGGCCAUUCCACCAACCCAUUUAUGGACCACAGAACCCACCUUUGGUUGCACCAAACAACGAUGUGGGUCUUGAUGGAAUGGUGAUCAACUUGGCUGGUCUUUUGGCUGGAACCGCCACGAAUCCGUUUGGAAAUGGCUACUUUCAGGGCCCAAAAGAGGCACCACUGGAAGCUGCAUCAGCUUGCCCUGGUGUUUAUGGGAAAGGGGCUUAUCCUGGUUAUGCAGGAAACCUGUUGGUGGAUUCGACAACGGGUGCUAGCUACAAUGCAAAUGGUGAUAAUGGGAGGAAGUACUUGCUUCCUGCUCUGUAUGAUCCCUCUACAUCUUCCUGCUCAACUUUGGUGUAGGAAAGGAAAAGUCUAGCAGAUUGUUAGUAGAAUGUAUACAUAAUUAUCUAACUUGAGAUAAUGUAAUUCUUUGAUUUGUUAAUUUUUGUUAUGCUUUGCGGAUUCAUAAUAGAAGAGCAAAUUGCUUUGAUUUGCUUUUUUCAAA